GAAUACACCACUGCAGAUAGUCGGUUCGGUGGGAAGACAGUGUCCAUCCAUCUGUCCAAUAUCCAAACAGCUUCAGCGUCUGCGACUUUUCAUUAAGUAGCUAUUGGGACAACCUCGAAGACGAGUCGACGUCUUUAUGUCAUCGGCGCCGAUGGCGAACUGAGUUGAACACUGUUGCUUCGAGUCUUAGCUAGGCGAGAUUAGCAAAGGUAACGUUCGAGCGAGAACUAAGCUAACCAGUAACGUAGCACGGCGGUGUUAAUGGUGGUCGUAUUAGUUGACGGCUAGCCCCUACGCCAUUAGCUUGGCAGAAUUACGGCAAGGCGAGCUUGUCGGGUACUUUAUGGAGAUGGGCGACAUAACCCAAUCGACAACCCACACAUUCGAGUCAGAGGGAUUCGGUCAGCCACACAGGAAGAGGAGGACAAUUGAAGAUUUUAACAAAUUUUGUACUUUUGUCUUGGCCUAUGCGGGUUACAUACCAUACCCCCAAGAGGAUUCUCCUGUGCGGAGCAGCUCCAGCCCCCCAAACAGUACAGGCAGCACAGCUGACAGUGAUGGCUGGACUCCUGGACCUCCUUCCUCUUGCCCCCAGCACCCUCUCAAAGCUCCCCAGGACAGGAACAGGAAACGUCCACAUCCCGGGGCCACAUUAUCAAGCCACACUAAGAAAGAACAUUCAAUCACAACCCUGCACUCAGAUGACCACAGAAAAUCUGACAAACUAAAGAAGAAGAAAAAGAGGAGAAAGGAGAGGGAGAACCAGGCAAGCGAGUCAAGCCAGAUGCAGCAGGCUCAAUUAUCAGUCCCAGAGCUACAAUGCCCCCUCUCAUUUGGGGACCAAACAAUCAAAGAAGAGCCUGAUGAUGAUAUCACCAUUCUCUUCCGCCCUCCACAUCUUCCCAUCCCUUCUCCCUGCAAGCAGGAGCCCAACGAGGAGCGUCAGUUCUGGGAUGGGCAGAACAUAGAAGAAGGGAUGGUAAAGCUGGAGAAGGUAGAGGGCCUCCCUGGAAAUAGAACAGUGUUUCGCCAGGGGAAACAGGUGGUUUUCCGAGAUGAGGAUGGAUCAGGGGAGGAUGAGGACAUAAUGGUUGACUCUGAUGAUGACUCGUGGGACUUGGUGACGUGUUUCUGCAUGAAACCUUUUGCAGGCCGAGCCAUGAUUGAGUGUAACAAGUGUAACACCUGGAUCCACCUGUCUUGUGCCAAGAUCCGCAAGAGCCAUGUCCCAGAGACAUAUGUAUGCCAGCGUUGCCGAGAGACACAUGAGCCCCCUGAUGCCCGCCGUUCCCACCGCUCACGCAUUGGCCCUCGUAAACAUCUGCUAGACUGACCCCAGGCUCAUCCCUGAACUCUGACCCCGUCCACUCCUGUUUUCUCACACCUGCUGAACUGACUCCUUCCGAGAUCCAAGUCCUGCACCCGAUGUUCUGUGUCCUGCAUUGCUGUGGACCACAUUUUCUAAUAAACCUUUUGGUUAACUUUUCCCAAGCCUGUGGUUUAAAGAAAAUUCAAGUGCUAUUUUAGAUUGUUUUAAAGUUUGUGUCAGCUUCCCUACAGACUCUGCAUAAAGCAAUCAUUGAAUGGAUGGCAGUCUGUAGAUGGCAUUAGCAUAGCAGCAAAUUGCUACUGUUGGGACUUAGUCUCAUGUGAACACUGGAAACAUUUGGCCUGUCAUAAAGGAUACCCUGACGACUGCCACCCACUAUGGUGCAUGCUGGGAUUUGUAGAUAGGAUGGUUUGCUCUUUUGUUUUUUUUGUUUUUUUUAUUCCCCUGUCAUUUUCCGCACAGAGAAGGCAUAUCUUUUUCUCUGAUAUGGGUUUUAUUUCUCAAGCGUACUGUUUAUCUCAAGUUAACAUCUUUCCAGUACUUUAAAUAGUGCUAUAGUACCAAGGUGAGGUGUAUCCCUGUCGAACAGAAACAUUGGAUUGGACUCAUCCUCAUUUGAAUCACUUUGUUGCUCUGUUAUGAUGUACCAAGACAAAAUGAGAACAUAAUUGAGAUUCUAACUUAAUAUAUUUUAAGUGCUUGUCCCUCUGCCGCCUUGUUCAGUCUUUCUACCUCUUUCUUUGAAUUAAGAUGUUACUUUUCCACCAACGGAGCUUUCAUACCGUUUUAUAGAGAAAGUUAAAUCACUACUCUGUCCUUUUUAUUUUCAUGCAUUUCAUUUAUUUUAAGGCAAGUUGCAACCGGACAAUUAAGUUAUUUCGCAUAACCGGAGUCAAAUUCCAUGUAUGAGCAAACCUACAUGGCCAAUAAACAUGAUUCUGAUUCAAAAUAACCCAGAUGUUUAGAGAUUUAAGUUAAUUUUUGAUUCCAAGGGCUCCAGCCUACUUUUUCUGUGUAUCAGCACAAGGCUGGGUAGUGAUAGUUAUAUCCAUGAAAACUCAUUAUUACAGCAAGCUAUGAUUCAUAACUCCCUUGACCAUGUCCUGUCAAUGCAUUGGUUGCUCUGAGGUAUGACCAUUCUUGUGGGCAGUGGAUUAGCAUUUUGGCCAU